GGAGUAGAGAUCUUCGUACCUGGGCCGGGCUUUAGAUUCCUGCCCUGCUCUCCUCUCCUGCCCAUUCCUUCUCCCCUCUUCCCACUAUGUCGGGCCACACAACCAGCUUAAGACUCAAGCUGCCCCUGCUCUGUCUCCUUCUUCAGCUCCUAACCAUUAUCCUCUUUGCUUCUUUUGUCCGUUACAAUGACCAAACGAGCCCCAAGUUAUGGCAUAAGGAACUGGAACUCCACAACAAAAGCCACCUGGACCACGAAUUUUACAUACGUUACCCAAGCUUCCAAGAUGUCCACACCAUGAUCUUUGUUGGCUUUGGAUUUCUGAUGACCUUCCUGAAACGUUACAGCUUUAGCAGCGUGGCCUUCAAUUUCCUGAUAGCCGCCUUUGCCAUCCAGUGGUCUAUCCUCAUGCAAGGCUUUUUCCACUCUUUUCACCAGGGCAAGAUCUAUGUUGGAAUCGAAAGCAUGAUCAAUGCUGACUUCUGUGCCGGAGCAGUCCUCAUCUCCUUCGGAGCUGUUCUUGGGAAGACGAGUCCUGUCCAGUUGCUGCUCAUGACCUGGCUGGAGGUCAUGCUCUUUGCCUGUAAUGAAUACAUCCUGCUGAACGUUCUUGGGGCUAAAGAUGCAGGAGGGUCUAUGACUAUCCAUACCUUUGGGGCCUAUUUUGGACUGAUGACCUCCCGGGUUCUUUAUCGCCCACAUCUGGACAAGAGCAAAGAAAGGGACGGAUCCACGUACCAUUCAGAUCUCUUUGCUAUGAUUGGAACAAUCUUCCUGUGGCUUUUCUGGCCCAGCUUCAACUCUGCCAUCACAGCACACGGAGAUGACCAGCAACGGACGGUCAUGAACACCUACUUCUCCCUUGCUGCGAGCACACUGGCCACCUUUGCCGCCUCAGCCUUUGUGAACACAGGAGGCAAGCUGGACAUGGUUCACAUUCAGAAUGCAGCCCUGGCUGGUGGGGUGGUCGUUGGGACGUCUGGAGAGAUGGCGUUGACUCCCUUUGGGGCCAUGAUCGCCGGAGUGCUAGCUGGCUUCAUAUCUACACUUGGCUUUAAAUUCCUUACGGUAGGUGAUCUAGCAAAUUGUGGGGGAAAUGUUCCCUUUGUCACACCCUAA